UAAAAAUGAAACACGUCUUUAUUAAGAAAUCGUUCAUUAACAUAUAAAAACCAUCAAGAAUUUCUUCAAGAACGAGAUGAACGACCGCAAAAUUUUACUCCAAAGAGGAAUGGAAGAAGAAAAUCAAGCAAGGAAACCCAUCUCCGCUUCGUCUACAAGGUCUCAAGUCGUAGUCGCAAACGCAAACGCAGCUGUAACUGGUCCGUCCGAAGUAGCUUUGAACGUUUGUUGCUUCUGCGUCUAUUGUCCUCUUUGCGUUCUCUGGUGCUGCAUCAAACAGCCUUGUACAAUCGGAUGGCGAGCUAUCCUAAGAGUUAAACGCCAAUUUAGCGGUUGUGGCGUUUGCGGCAGAAGCUUAAGCAGGAGGGUUAAAGCAGCAGAUUAUUCGUCGUUUUCGGAUAUUGAUUCAGAUGAUGUGAAUUGCAAAGCUCAUAGUUGCCCAAAAUGAAAAGGCUGAUUAUAAACUUUUAGUGACUUUCGUAUAUUUUUAUUUUCCAAAAUUUAUCAUGCCUUUUUCUUUAAUUUGCGACUUGAUUGUCUAUAAACGUGGACGCAAAACGCUGGAGUUGACUUCUUAA